UGCCCCAAAGAGUUUCCAAGGAGCGCCUGGUAGAUUCGAACUGCUGACCUUUUGGUUAGCAGCCACAGCACUUAACCACUAUGCCACCUGCGUUUCUGUCCCAAAUGUAAAAAUUUUGAAAAUGUUAACAUCUAAAGAAGCAUAUUCUAUGGGAUGAGAAAUUUAAGACUUGAGAAUGUAUUUCAAUGCUACAGAGGCAGGUUCACCAAAUCAAAUAGCCCUAAUCUUGACUCAGCCUUUUACUUACAUGAAAUCUCACACUGAAAAUCCUACAAAUACAGAGGCUCCAAGCAUUCUACCUCAAAGAAAGAAUAAGCCUAUAGAAGAAAAAGCUCUGGACUAUUCAUUUCAAAGACUUAACUACUUGCAUUAAGCAUAUUUUACACUAAAGUCCCUAAGGUUCCUUUCCGCUGAAAUCGUCCUUAAUUCUCUGAGUAACUGUACCAGACUAUCCUUAGAACUUGAGUAAUUAAAAACAGAAUCUGAAUGAGCAAGAGAAUUCAAAAUUAAAGUUAUCCUCAUUAAGUCUAAUUAAACAGUACAGACAGAAAAAUGGCAGCAGAAUAAAGCAUUCUGAAUUAGGGACAGGGAGAAUAUAAUGAGUAGUUUGCAUACUCAAUUGACCUCAAGAAGGAAGCACAAAAUUCAAUGUAAGCUGGAGUUUGGGAUAUAGCUGAAAAUAUUUGUCUCUCAGGUAGGAACUGGCCCACCCAAACGGAAGCAAAACUUCGGCUUCUACCCCAAUGCCGUCGGGUCGAUUUCGACUCACAGCGACCCUACAGGACAGAGUAGAACUGCCCCACAGUUUCCAAAGAGCGCCGGGUGGAGUCGAACUGCCAACCUUUUGGUUAGCAGCCGUAUCACUUAACCACUACGCCACCAGUGUUUCCUUUGGCUUCUAUUAACGCUAUAAUCCAACUACCUGAAGUAACCGACCAACUGCACGAAAACACCUGUCAAUAACAAGGUGAAUUUCCAAAUUUUCAAGUGAAUUCUCCCUUGCUGGCAGUUUUUCUGCUUUCUAUCCUAAAAGGAAAUUCAUUUACUCAACUCCGCGAAAUGGUUACAUAUCUCACCCCCCCUAUCUUGUGACUCCAGCACUUCCAGUCCAAACAAAAGCCCUCGUUUUUAUUCUCGCCACCAGUAAAGGGCUGUAGCUGUUUGCAGGGCAUCCCGCAGGCACCUACUUAAACUCUCGCCUCAAACAAUACCGUGGUAUCACCGUGACGGACACUUGAUAUUUAAUUAGUCCUCGACUGAAACUGAUAUCAUCGGGAGCCGGUGAAAAGAAGCUUGAACGCCCUGCGGAGAGCCUCGGCGACAGGAGGAUGGCAGUGCGGACUGGCACCUCCUCGGCAUGGGACACGGGAGAAGUCACGCCGGCCACUCGCUGAAGGACAGGGAGACAGCUCCCGGCGCACUAGGGAAGUUGGCUUUGGCAGGGGCCGCGGCUUAACCCUUGCUGCCCAAGAGCCAGGAUCGACACCGCCCUCGCCGAGGGCAAAACCGGCUGCCAACUUUCCCGCUGUCCCCUCCUCUGCGCACAGCACCCCAAACUUUGCCGUUCGUCCGCCAGCCCACCCGGCCGCACCCGAGCGCCCCCCCCACCCCCGGCCGGCGGAGGAGCUGACCUUCAAAGAUAGCCCCCGGCCAUGUGCGACCACUGCCCGACCGCCGAGUCUCCAGGCACCUCCCACAGUCCCCCUCCGCCGCCCCCAACCCUCGCGCGAAAUUGGUGGUGGGGGCGACUGCAGCCCGACCCCGCGUAUCCCGAUUACCCACGACCCUCUGGGCCAGAGCGAGCCCCCGCCCUGGCGCCUCGGGCCGCUCACUCACCAUUGGUAAACGGCUCCAUUUUCCCCCCACCGCGGCUCCUUGCACCUGGAGCGCCCAAGCUUCCUACUCUGCGAGCUGAGGCGGCCCUGCUGACUGAGCAUGCCCAGCGCGGCCGCCGAGGGCUGCCGGGGAGGUGCCGCGAGGGGCAGCGCCGCUCCACGAAACCUCCACUCCGGGUUUUCGCGGCGGCUGCAGAAAAAGACAGUGAGGCUUGAGGCAAAAGCGCGGCUCACGCUGGGGCCGACUUCGGGGAAAGGCGGGGGAGGAGAA